CCGCGACAGCCUACAGCUUCAUUCUGAGCCCUGAGAGCUGUUGGGAGUAAAGCUACGGAGAACAGGCUGCUUCUCGUAGACAGAGCGCCAGUAGCAACCACUCUCUCUGUGCUGGGCGUCCAACAUGAAAGCCUUCAGUCCUGUGAGAUCUGUUAGGAAAAACAGCCUCUCUGACCAUAACCUGGGUAUAUCUCGUAGCAAAACCCCGGUGGAUGAUCCUAUGAGUUUGCUCUACAAUAUGAACGACUGCUACUCCAAAUUGAAGGAGCUGGUGCCCAGCAUCCCCCAGAACAAGAAAGUGAGCAAGAUGGAAAUCCUGCAGCAUGUUAUUGACUACAUUUUGGACCUGCAAAUCGCUCUAGACUCGCAUCCCAGCAUUGUCAGCCUUCAUCACCAGAGGCCGGGACAAAAUCCAUCUUCUAGGACACCUUUGACCACUUUAAAUACAGAUAUCAGCAUCCUUUCCUUACAGGCUUCUGAAUUCCCCUCAGAGCUAAUGUCAAAUGAGAGCAAAGCACUCUGUGGCUAAAUAUAUGGUGUUCACGACUCUUUUUUUUUUUUUUCUUUGCACAACAACAACAAAAAAUCUACAGGAUCUUUUCAGGCGCUGAACUUUAUUUUUCAACCAUGUAAUGAGGGAGGUCAACAUCAAGUUAAAUGGACCUUUAAAAAAAAAAGAAAGAAAAACUGAGCAUGAAUACCCCCUUAACCCCCACCCCAGCGUGUUCUAUGACCUGGACUGAUUUUAGUUAUUUAUGAAGAGACUUUUAAAUGCCCUUUCUGCAGUCGGAAGGUUUUCUUUAUAUACUAUUCCCACCAUGGGGAGCGAAACGUUAAAACUCACAAGGAAUUGCCCAUUUUAAGCAGACUUUGCCUUUUUUCAAAGGUGGAGCGUGAGUACUAGAAGGAUCCAGUGUUCAGUUACUUAAAUGAAGUCUUUUGGUCAGAAAUUACCUUUUUUGACAAAGCCUACUGAAUGCUGUGUAUAUAUUUAUAUAUAAAUAUAUAUAUAUAUAUAUGAGUGAAACCUUGUGAACUCUUUAAUUAGAGUUUUCUUGUAUAGUGGCAGAGAUGUACAUUUCUGCAAAAAGUGUAAUGAUGUACUUAAUCAUGCUAAACUUUUUAUAAAAGUUUAGUUGUAAACUUAACCCUUUUAUACAAAAUAAAUCAAGUGUGUUUAUUGAAUGGUGAUUGCCUGCUUUAUUUCGGAGGACCAGUGCUUUGAUUUUUAUUAUGUUAUGUCAUAAUUGAAUCCAAAUAAAUACAAGUUCAAAUUUAUGUAGAAUGUAUAUGAUAAAUAAAACAUGCUUGAAGUGAA